AAGGCCAAAGCCGUAGUUUUAUCUCUAGUUGUGUGUAUCAAAACGUUUUCUGGCAUUUCGUGCUACUGGUUGUCCUUGUCUUGGUUCGAGUCAAUCUCCAAUAUGCUGCUUCCUGAGUUCAAGGCCUUCGGUUUUGGAAGUAGCCUCUUUUUCGUCUUGCACCCGUUUGGGUCGGUCAGCGCUAGCUUCUUGUGUGGUCCUUCAGCAGGUAAAGAAGACCUAACAGGCGAGGACCUUCGUGAAGCCGUCCGCAGGAAGGCUUUUUCGCUGGUGCGGGAAAGAACGAGACCCGCCUGCGAUCGAAGCAUAUGCACGACUGUGGCCGAUUAUGACCCAUUUCCGCUGCUUUCGCAAGGGAGCCGAGGACAUUUGCAACUUUUCGAAGACAGCAGAAAAAAUGCUUUUUCGAAAACAGUGGUGAGAACGACGACCGGAAAGUUCCGCGGGUGGCGCGAGGCGCGGGCGCAGAAUCAUCAGCCACUAGCACUGUGGGAGCAGGAAAUUUUGUACGACAGUAUGCCAAUCGCGUAUUCCGACAGCGAGCUGGCGCGGCGCAUUCGCGAAAAAAAGCCGGCCACUUUACAGGAGUUGGUCGAAACUAUCGACGAGCACGGCCGCACGGACUUCGUUCCCUACUCCGAACCGUUUGCGAGUCUCGUGGUACCGAAACCGCAGUUGCUAGCGAGGCUGCUGCUGCGGACGGACAGUGACUGGUCGAGCAGCCACCGCGUGAAGUUGCUCGAGGAGCUGAUUCAGACCCCGUUUCUGUUCCACGUUCUUGCACUGUUCGAUCCGUACCGGAAAAAAGGGGACUCAACUACGCUCGUGCCGCAGAAGGGGAUUCAAAUUCCUCUCGACAGAACUGCGUUGCUGCUAAACUCCGAUGUUGACAAAAUCACCGCGAUUCUCAGUCUCUUCUUGGCGCAGAACCAGGUUUGCACCUUGUUGAACUGCAAGGGCUUCGGGCGACAACAGUUCCCGGUUCAAAGACUCGUCUCGAAAUCGCACGAGCUCCCCGCUUCCGCGGCCUUCGCGAGGGCGCUGGAAUUGACAGAGCAGCUGUUCGCCCGGUGGCUUCCCCGCUCGUCGGCGAAAUUUCGGGUGGAGUUCGGGAUUUCUCUUGCGAUGUACAUGCACGGCGAAAACUUUUCUAAGUUCCACUACCGGGAGGAAAAGAAGCUGAGAAAAGCAUUGUUCUCGCAGCCGCGCGUCGGGACGAUGGAGGACCAAAAUGCCCUCGGACGGUACAGCAAAGAUCUCACAUAUCCAAGAAAAAAACUGUGUAAGUGUAACUUUUUUGCAGGAACAGCAUCACAGAUUUGACCUGUCAUGCGUAGCUACUACGCGAAAACACGUGAUUAAAAUAGCCUCUGAUGCAUAUCCGGCAUGACAAGUGUAACUGUAUUGCAACAUCUGCAAGACAAAGUUACACUUACAGAGUUUUUUUCUUGCAUAUCACAGACACGCUUAACAAGCGGACCCGCGUCGACGAGGAGUGGCUCCGUGCAGCGCAAACCCUUAGAGGAGUCGCCGGGUUCUGUCUUCAGCAGGUGCGCGACCAGAACACGUUUGAUGAGCUUUUGGGGGUUUCUUCAAUACUGGAUGCGCAGGAGGAGAAAAUAGCGGAAGUCGUGACGGAGUAUGUUUUUUCAAAAACAUCAUCUUCACACAAAGACGCCGCUGGUGGCUUCGUGCUGCUUGACGGCAAACUGGUAGCCACGGCACCGUGGCGCGUGGUUGAGAACUUAGACUACGACUUCGGGAAGAGUGAGAAGAAGGCUGCAACCUACUUCCGCGGUCUGGAGCGGCGGUUGCGGGACGUGAUCAUUUUCCUCGUCGUGCCAGACUCCGCAAAUAAUGGCGAUAGCAACGACGCUGAAAGAAGAAAUCGGAAAAUUUGGGGCGAGCACUUCCUGUCCACAAAACAGCUUGCGGUUUUCCUUCCAAGUUUACUUCAUGAGUUUCAGCGCAAAAUAGUUUUUCGUGCCAAUCUUCCGACGUUUCUCCCUGUGCCGGUUGAUGGGCCAAAUAAUGAUCGACGGCAGCAAGAAGCAGGCGCCCGCAUUUCGGAAGGGAAAGAUGCCGGCAUACAUGUGCAUCAAGAACGGGACUUCGAAGCGCGGUUGUGGACGUGGCUGAUUUUUUUCCAGACGGACAAGCUUCUUGCAGCGGCACACCUGAGACUGGGAGGCGCAGGCGACACCACUGAGCUUGCCUUUCGAGGCAGAGAUCGCAAUACUUUUGUGGGUGGUUUCGAGGAGGUCAUGAAGGAGCAAAUUGAUCCUGCGAGUUCUGCGGGGCAUGAAACCGUAGCGCCUCUGCUCCAGCGCGUUCUCCAAAACAAGCUGGCGAUUCGAGAGCUUUUGGUCUUUCGCGCGCACCUCGCGAUUGCGGCAGUAAGAACGUUUUCGUACGCACAGGUCGAAAAAUCAUUCGCUGAGAGCGCGACCAUGCUACCGCACGCCGCGCCGGGAAAUGAGAAGAUGGUGUUUUCCUGGCAAAACCUUUUCUUUGCAGAUUUGCGAUUGGAAGUUGAUACGAUUUUGCAGCUGUUCCAGGAGAAGAAGCAGGUAAAGAGCCUCUACGACGAAUUGGUGCGUCCCCUGGCGAAAGAUCCGGUUUGGCCAAACUUGGUGCAGGUGCUUGCUGUGGAGCGGGAAGGCUUGACAGACGGUGAGGAAGAUCCAAUGGAAGUCGAAAACGAAUUGAGCGCGCUUCAGCGGAUGGCGUUGUUUCUAGCACUUUAUUAGGUUGUUCGUGGUCUUGGGAAUACCGAAUUUUGCAUUUUUCAUUUAGGUUGUUCGUUCUUAUUGGGGUUUUCUCAUACCUGUGUGUUCGAGACAUACAGCGUCAUUUAAUGUUGGUCUCGAUGCAGCUUUCUGCCUAUGAUCAGUCGAUGACUUGAUGUAAGAAUACAAAUAGAAAUACGUCUGUGUAAGUAUAUGGAACUGAGGGUAUCUAAAUCAGUGCGCUGUUUGCUUGAAAGAUAAAGAUGUAGAAUCGAAGAUGAAAAAUCGUGUGCAAUUCAUUCUUCUUUACCCGCCAUCUUGAAAAUGUAUCUGUUUCAACGCAAAAGCAAAACGUAAAUGAAGGGUCUAGAAGAUGAACAAAAGAAACAACUGGAAAAGUGUCUGAAUUGUUCUGCGUACUAGUGC